GAUGUUGUCAAGACUUUGUGGUCACAUGGGCCCGUUACUGCGCUUGCCUAUAGUUGCCUAUAAUAGUGCGCCUAGGCUAGUUGCUUCAACAAGGCAAGAUAUUUGUAAACACUACACUACAGGCUAAUAUUGCGGGAAUGUGGAGAAUGUUGACUUGGAGAAAUGUAGAAAUAACAUGCACGCCGAUAGGGGGAUGAAGACUACAUACUGACCGAUGUCGCAAGAAAUGGACCCGAAAAAGAACGGUUCUGCAUCUGAUUACGUUUCUGAUUCAUGUGCGAGAUUCCAUCGAAACCCGGCGUGUUUUUUACGUAUUCGAUUUGGAAAUCACUUCAAUGUUUACGUCAAAAUUAGUAAGGCUAUGCUGCAACUUUGUAGCGGCGCUCUGUCCUCGCUCGACAACAGGUGGAUUCCGACCAGGCCAAUCUAGACCUGGAAGUAACCCGUCUUAACGUCGCUUUCUCCGCCCCGUAACCAUAGCAAGCCCAGCGAGUGUGACACUGGGAAACAAGCUGGCAAAAUAUGGAUGGAUUCCCCCAAAAGCCGUGGAACAGAGUCGAUCAACUUUACUGAGCAAAUGUUUUUCUGUUUUGACAAGGUGACUCCGAGAAAUACUGUGCAAGCCUACUUUUUCGCGUUGUAGACUCACCUCUUGACGGAGUAUUGAUCCUCGACAACUUUAUAUUGUCAAACGGAAACGCCGACAGUUUUUAAGACUGUAAAUGCUAUCGAUUCUGGAUUAUAAUGCCUACGAGUAACGGAUCAGUGAUGGACCUGCACACGGAAUACGUGAAAAUUAAAGCGCAUUACGCCGGGGACAUGCUGAUCUCAGAUCUGGAGGCCAGUAUGACGUACCCUGAGCUGUGUGAGGAGGUGAGAGAGAUCUGCAGUCUGCAGCAGCGACAGCCCUUCACACUCAAAUGGAUCGACGACGAAGGUGACCCGUGCACUAUUUCGUCCCAGAUGGAGCUGGAAGAGGCGUUCCGACUGUAUGGCCGUAGCAGGAAGUCCGGACUCCUUCUUCACGUCUUCCCCAGUAUCCCGGAGAAGCCAGGCCUGCCUUGUCCAGGAGAGGACAGUAAGUAGCAUCAUCUUCAUCCCAGCAAAGCGCUGCUGCUUCCGCCCCUACAGACAACAAGAGAGAAAAUC